GAUGAUGUUCAAGACUGGCAGUCCGAGUCUAUUCAGAUGGACCAGAUCUACGCUAAUGGAAUCAUCAACAUCGCUGCCGGAGCUUCUGAAGAUAGCUCUGAGGGGCUCUUCCGCCAAAGAAGUGGAUCGAGUGCUUUGCAAUGUCCAUUGGUCGUUGGCACUGAAGGCAUGUGGCCACCUGAACAGCACGAAGGGAUCGCAGACUUUAUAAAGCGAGCCAAGAGAGACGAGGGUACACUGUUUGAGAGAUGCUAUUUUGUGUCCAAGGACGAUUGGCAAAGAAGCGUGCAUCAAAGCACACUAGCUCGCCGUGGUUGGGUUCUUCAAGAACGACUUUUGUCGCCCAGGAUCCUCACCUUUGGCACGCGCCAAAUUUACUGGCAGUGCGGCGAAACCUCAUGCAACGAAGAGGGAUCUCCAACGGAUGACGACUACACUCUCAAAAUGCAAUUUGCGACCAUGUUGAGUGGCAACAGCGAUUGGGACUGGGAACACUCCCUUUCGGCGAGUAGCCUUGAUAUAUGGAGAUCUGUCGUCACCGACUAUUCUCAAACGAGGCUCACCAAGCACACGGAUCGGCUUGUGGCGCUUUCUGGCCUGGCCAAGACGUUCUGUCGCGCCAUGCCGCACAACCAAUACCUGGCGGGCUUGUGGAAAGACAGCUUACCCAAUGACCUUCUUUGGGAGGUCUGUUAUGUAGAGGGUCCGGCCACCUCGCCGCCGCCAUGCGCUGGUCCGGCAAGCCGAGGAUAUUGUGCGCCCACGUUCUGCUGGGCCUCUGCAGCUUUUCCAUGUACCCUCAACCUUCAAUUUUGUUUCGCAGGAUGGCUAAGCUUUGGCCUUCUCUUCACGGUCCUGGACAUCACCCUGGAUUAUGCAACCAAAGAGGUUACAGGCCCAGUCACCGGUGGUUGCCUAGAUAUCAUGGCAAAGAUCAGGCCCUUCAGGCUCGUAUCGCCGUCAAAUUUCGACGCGGGCAGGAUUCCAAAGAAAAAGCUUUGUCCAGGCUUUCUCAAUGCCUUUUCGCCUCCAGAACCCGGGCGAUCAGAGCUCGGAGAGUUUUCUUGGCCACUCGUCAGGCUUGAUCGCCCUCUCCAAGUUCCUUCAUCUUCCGAUGAGAUUUUAUUUUUCUUUGUUGUUGGUAUCCCAGUCAAACUUGAAGGCUUCGGGCCGAAUGAGCUUGCUGAGUGCAUCGAGUUCUUUCCCGAGUUCGAGGUGGGAGAGUGGAAGAUACUGUUGGCCAAGUGCAUGCUUCUUGAAGCGGUGGACGCCGACGCCGGAGUUUAUCGCCGGGUUGGGAUGGCCACCUCGUACGAGUUGUUUCGAAAGGAUGCGGAGAAUGAAAAGGAUGGUUUCCAAGAUCUAGUCCACUUUCUGCUCAAGAAUGAGCCUUACCAAGGGGAGCCUGAUACGCCGAUACCUUGUCGAGGCAUGGACGGUGAGGAACAUGUCUUUCGCAUCAUUUGA